AUGGUGGCCUUCAACCUCUCCGCCACGCUCAACGCCCUCCGCUUCCUCCACAAGCCCACCCUUCUCCAGCCGCACCUCACCAUCCCCACCUUCGCCGAUCUCCCCGUGCCCCUGUCACCGCACAUCCGCGCCGUCAUCCUCGACAAGGACAACUGCUUCGCCGUCCCGCACGCGCUCGAGGUCCACCCGGGAUAUAACGUAACGAAAAGGACAACGUGGGAUGAUCCCGGCGGUAAGGAGGCCGCAAUCCUCGAGCAAAACACAGGCGUCACAGUCCUCCGGCACUCCACCAAGAAACCCGGUUGCCACGCCGAAAUCUUCACGCAUCUCGUCGCGGCGGACAUCGGUGUAACACGGCCAGACCAAGUCGCCGUCGUCGGCGACCGCCUGUUCACGGACGUGCUGAUGGCCAACCUAAUGGGGUCCUACGCGGUAUGGGUCAAGGAGGGCGUGAUCAGCCCCGAGAAGCGAUUCUAUGGGCGUGUGGAGUGGGGGCUGGCGGGGUUCAUGGAGAGGCGCGGGUGGGCGCCGCCGACGCCGAGCUCGAGGUUGUUGAGCGUGGCGGGGAAGAAGGAGUAG